AUGAAAAAACAUACGAACCAAAAAGAACUGGCGACAGGAGAAGAGACGGAAGCAGGAGCAGAGGCGAGAACAGAGACGGGAGCGGUGAUGGAUGGUGGAGAAGAGACGGGAGCAGGAGCAGAGGCGAGAACAGAGACGGGAGCGGUGAUGGAUGGUGGGGAGUCGGAGGUUGAUAUCGAAUCAUGGUAUGCGGACCAUGACCAUGGCUCAAAGUUGGCGCUCGUAACCGUGUUCAAUAAUCGAUGGAACUACGAAGUCAUUCAACAACUCGAUGAAGUCAGAAUAGAUUUGCCGCCCCUCAACUUUGAGAUCCCCAAUGAACUUCGUGGAUUGGUGGACAUUACCAUUGACACACUCGAAAUGAUUGUUGGAGAUGCGGAAGGAGUCGAAGACUGGAGAAUACAGACAAUACUUCGAGAUCUCCUGGCUGCAUUGGGCGUACACUGUGUUCUGAUUGAUAGUGUCUGGUGGGAUAGAUCCAACAUGGAAGAUCAACCAUCUCUACUCGGCAGAACUCUUCCCAACAUCUGUUAG